AUGGAGGACGUGAUGGGCUCCGCGGUGGGCCCCCACUUCAGCGGGCUCCGCCUCGACUCGCGCCGCCUCUCCUCCUCCUCCUCGCUCUCGCCCUCCUCCUCCCCCUCCCGCUCCGCCAACGGCGACGCCGCGCCGGGGUUCGCGUCCCCGAAGGCGGACGGGACCAGGAGGCCCUUCGUCAUAGGCGUUUGCGGAGGGACCGCGUCGGGGAAGACGACAGUGUGCGACAUGAUAAUUCAGCAGCUCCACGACCACCGCGUCAUGCUCGUCAACCAGGAUUCAUUCUACCGUGGUUUAACUGAGGAACAGUCUGAGCAGGUGCAAGAUUACAAUUUUGAUCACCCUGAUGCAUUCGAUACAGAUCAACUUUUGGUGUGCAUGGGAAAGCUGAAAAGUGGACAGUCCGUGAAUAUUCCUAUAUAUGAUUUUAAGAAUCACAGGCGAUGCUCUGAAAAAUUUAGGAAGGUCAAUGAAUCAGAUGUCAUCAUUUUGGAGGGGAUCUUGGUUUUUCAUGAUCAGAGGGUUCGUGAUUUGAUGGACAUGAAAAUUUUUGUUGACACAGAUGCUGAUAUUAGACUUGCUAGACGUAUAAGGCGUGAUACUGUUGAAAGAGGUAGAGAUGUUACCUCAGUGCUUGAGCAGUAUGUGAGAUUUGUCAAGCCUGCAUUUGAUGCUUUUGUCCUACCUUCAAAGAAAUAUGCUGAUGUGAUCAUACCAAAAGGGGGAGAUAACCAUGUUGCAAUUGAUCUAAUUGUGCAACAUAUCCACACAAAACUUGGUCAGCAUAACCUGUGCAAAGUCUACCCAAAUGUCUUUGUAGUACACACAACUUUCCAGAUACGAGGAAUGCAUACUCUCAUUCGUGACAAGAACAUUACUACACCUGACUUUGUUUUCUACUCAGAUAGGCUGAUUCGUCUGGUGGUUGAGCAUGGUCUUGGGCAUUUGCCAUUUACAGAGAAGCAGGUGGUUACACCAACAGGAUCUGUUUACAUGGGAGUUGACUUCGGCAAGAAGCUCUGUGGAGUGUCUAUUAUUCGAAGUGGCGAAAGCAUGGAAAAUGCACUGCGUGCUUGUUGUAAGGGGAUAAAAAUAGGCAAAAUUCUAUUUCAUCGCAUUGGAGACAAUGGACAACAACUCAUAUACCAUAAGCUGCCCGUGGAUAUUGCUGAACGUCAUGUUUUGCUUUUGGACCCUGUGCUUGGUACAGGCAAUUCAGCUAAUCAAGCCAUUGAGCUUCUUAUGAGGAAAGGAGUUCCUGAGGAGCGGAUCAUUUUUCUGACUCUCAUCUCGGCCCCUGAAGGCAUCCAUUGUGUGUGCAAGCGCUUCCCUCAUUUGAAGAUUGUAACCUCAGAGAUUGAUAGCGGAUUGAAUGAUGAAUAUCAUGUCAUCCCAGGACUUGGAGAGUAUGGUGAUCGAUACUUCGGCACAGACUAA